AUGGGCGACCGCAAGGAGCGUUGUUUGUCGAGCGUGUCUGACACCGUAAACUGCCUUUUUAGCAGCUGCAUUCCCACCGUCGAGCGCGAGGAGGUACGCUUUGCAUUCCUCUCUACUACAAACGUUAAUCAGGCUCCAAGCUCUUAUACGGGCCUGCACGAUGCUGCGUACCGCAAGGAGGAGUUAAAGCAGCUGGUCGGCAUUUUCGCCUCUCGGGCACAGAAAUACCUGACGUGUACCCGCGUUGACUUAGACAAGUCUGAGUUCAAGAAGGCUCGUUACAAGCUUGACUGCAAGUUGCAGACGUUGCGAGUGGAAAGCGACGAAGCUCCGGUUGAGAUACCUUUGUCGAAGGUGAAGGCAGUGUACGGCUUCGAAGACCUUCAGCUGCUGGAUUCCUACGCAUCUUUUUUGAACCAAGAGAUAAUACAAAACCUGGGCCAGGAGGAGCGUGAUCGUCUGUCAGUUCUUGUGGUAAUUUGCAAUUCGACACCAGCAUUCCGUGCAGUACACCACCGAAAGCGGGGCGGACGCCCAGCUCGUCCUCAUGGAGCAUGA